GACUCCGUGGUUUAACGGCUGGGGGUUCAACCUGCCUCGGGGUCAGUCUCUGUUGGAUAAAUGGAACCUCGUCCCUGAAGGCAUCGACAUCCUGAUGACCCACGGACCUCCGCUCGGUUUCAGAGACUGGGUUCCUAAAGAGCUGCAGCGAGUCGGCUGCGUGGAGCUGCUCAACACGGUCCAGAAGAGGGUGCGACCCAAACUUCACGCCUUCGGAGGCAUCCACGAAGGCUACGGGAUCAUGACAGACGGUUUCACGACGUUCAUCAACGCGUCGACCUGCACUGUCAGUUUCCAGCCCACCAACCCCCCCAUCGUGUUCGACCUGCCCAACCCCUCCUCCUCCUGAGACCAGAGGACACGGGGCGGGGGGGUGGAUGGGUGGGGAGGGUCUCGGGCAGGUUAAGCUAGUUUUUUUCUAUAAAUAUGUCGAGUUUAAAAAAAACAAACAAAAAACUUCUAAGUGUUUCUUUGCAAACUUUUGUUCGUCUCGACACUGUUGUUGGGACGGAGAAGAUUUGGAGGUGUGUGUGUGUGUGUGUGGGGGCGGGGUUAAAGGAGAAUAUCGGUGUUUUUUAUUUUUUAAAAGUUUGUGCCAACGAUUCUGGUUUCCCUCAGAUUUCUUUUUUUCUUUCUCAGGAAGAGCGAGAAUGUUUUUCAGUGUUUAACAGGAAAAACUAUUUUCACAAACAAGAGCGUGAAACUUCCACAAAACAAGAUAAUCCGCGCGUUGAACGUUUUCACGUCCGCGCGAUGUCUGCUUCCUGCCAAUCGUCCGACAGCCAUAGGAAGAAAUGGAAACCUCAUCCUGAAAAUAAUCCUUCAAACAUUUUGUUGCUUUAGAGCCGAAACUUUUAUUUCUUGAUCGUGUUUUUGACACUUUUUCAACUUGUGUUUAUUUCUUCAGAUCACGAAACAAUAAAUGUUGGACAGAAAGAAAAAAACAGUUUCAUUGUCCCAAAUAAAAACUUUUGUGAUUGCAGGAAAACAAAAAACACCUUUGUCCUCUCUGGCUUUCCAUAUCUUAUCGAGUCACUUUUGCAUGUCUUCUCUUGGGUGUCUUUUGGUUUGAUUACAGUUGAUUUGGUUUAAAGUUUCUAUUUAAAAACACAAAAAAAACAUACAAAAAAUACUUGUUGAAGUCUCAGUAGUUGCAGCAUGCGUUUCAACGUCAAUUUGGAGGGAAUGUAAAGUGUGAAUGACGCCGGUAUUCUCCUUUUCCGAGGGAUUUUGUGGUUAAACAAUCUUGCUCUUGAUAAAUAUUGGUCAGAUCUGUAAAAUAAAUGAUGCUUUGUGAA